AUGGGGGAGCUGACAAUUGGUUAUGUGUCUGGAAUCAUCGCUGCUGGAAUUUUUAUUAUUCAGCGUUUUAUUCCAACGGCAACUUCUCUCAUUUUAAGUGGCCUUUUGCGAGAUGAAAAUACGGCCGCAACAUGGACUCAAGUAGCCCGCGCUUUACAUUCGACGUAUUGGCCGACCUUUGUCCGUGCGGACACCGUAACCUCUGGCCCUGUGAGCAGAGUUGUUCAAUUUGAAGCGCUGAUGAGACCUCUGGUCCUUGGAGUUGUUGCCAUUGCAGCAAUUGUCACUCCUUUAGGCCUGUAUGAUGCUAUUGUUCCUGAUCAUGCAACAUCUUUGGAACCGUUUCAAUAUUCCGAGGACCAAUCUCCGUUUGGAUUUGGAACACCUCCAAGGAGUGACCUUGGGUUUAACCGUUUUUGUGGCAAAAUUGGACGCACUACUUGUCCUGGCUCAGACGUUGUCAUCGAAAAUCGUCGAAAUGGUACGCAAUACUUGCCAUACGGCUACGAUGCGCGAAUCCCGCCUAAAGUCAUGGAAACGUUCCAGAGUGGGCUGAAGUCCCUGUCACCCACUGUUUCUAGCAUUUUCGAUAUUGAAUGGCGGUCAUAUGGAAUCAGAUCAGAAGAUAUUGUCAACAACGGUUCCAAGUUCUUAGUCGGAGAAUACCGACAGGCGGGUGUUCUGGCUCUGAAUAAUGCGUAUGAUAAGGUGGAAGGCCUCAUCGUCGAUACCAAAAACGGUGGCAUUGGGUUUCGAAAUCAUACUACUCCAUCACCGCUACCUCAUGGCAGCGAGUGGUCGGAAGAUCUGCUCUUUGUUGAACCCCAUACAGUGUGUAUCGAUACUAAUUUAACAAUGGAUUUCAGAAUUGGUCUCAGUGGUCCUAGCACUAUCGAGGAUCUAGUGCUUACCGAUCGUGGAGGAUUUGUAAAUCUCAAUACCACUUAUCCUGAAUACGACCGACUCAACAGCCAGGCCGAUCCUGAUUUCUACGGGAGGGCGUACAAGGCCGCGUUCCUCAACAAUGCGCUCACUAUGAUCUACCUCAACGUUUCUAAUCCAAGAACUAAGGAUUUAGAACCAUUUUCCUAUAUGAACUCGGCAAUCAACAAGACAUUCACUUUGGAAGGAAACAUAGGGGCAAAAGCUGACAGAUUCCUUACGGACCAAAACUGGGGCAGCUAUCUAUCGCUAUCUAUCGCUGGCUUUAAUUCCACAUUUAAUAGUACGGGUUCAGGUGAUGAUUACCCUAACCCUUUCGAUAUUACCACAAGCAACUUUACCUCCAUAGAGGUUCUGUGUCAGGGAGCCGGUGGCCUUGACUAUGCAAAUAUUACGAAUAUUGGUGUAGUAUGUGGGAUGGCAUUUGGAGCUGCGAGACGAAGCGAUGGAUCACGUUCCCUCGUUUUUGAACCGGGCUCCACCUGGACUGUGCCUAUGUAUAGUUGUGCGUCCGCGGCCCGUGCUGUGAUAAAGACGGUCGACUUCCGAUUCAACGGCACGGAUGGACUUAACAGCCUUGCAAUUCGCAGUAUCCGCGACAAGACUUAUGCAAAGGAUACCGACAAACCGCUUUGGGGUGUUGAGCGUUCUGAAGAGAUUUUGGAUGAAGUUUUGCCUCUGUGGGGUCUGGUAUCGGAUCAAAAUAAGGGAAGAGAUGAUCUUUCGGUCCUUCAAAAGGAAUAUUUAUGGCUGCCCGGAUACGCGGGACGUUUUGGUACUUCGCCAGUUGGAUACUCAAAUCUACCGGGUAUGUAUUUCCAUACUGGCGGAUUCCAAACGGCUUACGAUAUAAGCACAAGCCCACCAUCCGGAGUAAGCGAUUAUUCUGGGGCAACAAACCUUGCUAUGUAUUCAAAAUGGCAGGAAUUGUCCGAAAAAGCAAACACCACAGCAAGGAUCAUCAACUUAGUUUGGACAGACGUUGCCGCGAACGCAGUUGUAGGAACCAAAGGCUGGUUUUCUCAAGAUCGACAGAGUAUUGUUAAACGUGAUGAUCAGAGCUCGACUCGACCGGAAGACAAUAACCUACGCGAAGUUCCAGUGGUCAUUUUCCGAAGAGUUGUCAAGUACAAUUUGAAAUUCGCUAUUCCUGCCAUCCUCGCACUAGUUUUCACCGUUGUGAUCGCAUCCGCAACAUGCCUUCUGUGCGUGUUCGGCCGUGCAAGGCCGUCCAGGAUGCGAAAGUAUCUUUUCUAUACCUCUGCUGGUCGCAUAAUGGCCAGCUUUGUAUACCCCAACCAAGCUGACCCUCAAGGGCCUUCAAAGCAAUGGAACAGUAGCGUUGGGUUUAAGAGGAUUGCCGUUGAUGGUCCCGUUCCCAGAGCAAAGGAUCCGGUGAUGAUGUCCAAAUUUGGAGACGCAAACACAACAAAUAUGGAUGCUCCUUUGCUCAAGGACGGCAGCACGGGAGCAGGGUUCCGGCCACCAAGCCCAGGGUUUACCGCACCUAAUCAACCGCAACAAUAUUAA